GGGCCCGUCCGCUGAUUUUACCAGCCAGGAGGAAAAAAGUGGGUGUUGUGCUGUGGUGUUUGGCUCUGAACGAUGUAUCUUCAUGACGGUUUUUAAGCACAUGAGCAGCGGUUCACUGUGCCUACGGACUGCAGAGGAGCGACCGGCCCAGAGCAGCGCUAACAUCCAUCUGUUGAGACGUGCAGCGGGGGAAGGCUAGCUCCAACCCAGCUAGGCUCAGUGACGGCAGCCCCGGAUACAGAGAAGGGAGAGCCGCAUCGGAGAGCCAUGGGUUUCCGUAAGAAGAACAAGAGCCCCCCGGUGCUGAGCCACGAGUUUGUGAUUCAGAAUCACGCCGAUAUGGUUUCAUGUUUGGCCAUGAUUAUCCUCCUCGGCCUGAUGUUCGAGGUCACAGCAAAGUUUGCCAUCAUGUUCAUCACAGUCCAGUACAAUGUAACACAAGUUCUCGAUGAGAAGAGUGAACCAGUGAACCUUUACCAGUAUGGACCUAAAGAUGUAGCCACUGUGUUUUUCUAUCUGCUUAUUGCGGUCAUCCUUCAUGCCUUGAUACAAGAAUAUAUUCUCGACAAAAUGAACAGGCGGUUGCACCUAUCGAAAACCAAACACAGCAAGUUCAAUGAGUCUGGUCAGCUUGCAGCGUUCUACCUGUUCUCCUUCAUCUGGGGCUGUAGCAUCCUAACAGCGGAGGACUUUGCAACCAAUCCUACUUUCUUAUGGGAGGGUUACCCACACACUCACAUGGUUUUUCAGGUCAAGUUCUUCUAUAUUUGCCAAAUUGCCUAUUGGCUCCAUGCACUCCCUGAGCUUUACUUUCAAAAAGUACGGAAGGAGGACAUCCCCCGCCAGCUCUAUUACAUUUGCCUUUAUGUUGUCCACAUCACUGGUGCCUACGUCUUAAACCUCCACCGACUGGGCCUGGUGCUGCUGGUCCCUCACUACCUGGUGGAGCUCCUGUUCCACGCUUCACGCCUCUUCUACUUCAGUGAUGAGAACAAGCAGAAAGGUUUUACUCUGUGGGCACUACUUUUUGUCAUCGCCCGCCUCCUCACCCUCACACUCUCAGUUCUGACGUUUGGUUUUGGGCUGCCCCGUACAGAGAACCAGGGCUUUUCCCUAGCUGAAGGCAACUUCAAUGUACUCACCAUAAGGAUGACUUGUCUGGCAGCUAUCUGCCUGACACAGGCCUGGAUGAUGUGGAAAUUCAUUAACUUCCAGUUGAAAAAGUGGAGGGAGCACAGCCAGAACCAGGCCUCAAAGAAGAAGACGGUCAGCCCAAAGAGUAAGCCUCACAAAAGGGAACCUACAAGGGGAGGUGCUGCCAAUGGGGUUUUGAAGUCUGAGGAUAAAACAUCACCACGGGCAAGAAAAGCCAAAGCUUCAUAGAGAUGGAAGAAUUGGAAGAAAAAACUGAGUGAGGGAGUUCUGACAAUGAGACAUUAUGUCUUUACACAACUUCAAAUUUUGUCUACUGCUCUCCAAAACAAAUGUUUAAGCGCACUAAGAAACCUUACAUAACUGUCCCUUUGGGGUUGAAUCCCCCCUUUUGAAAAAGUUCAGUGUUACUGUCUGCUAGAAAUGUUUAUUAUUAAUUUGGGUUCUCUGCAGAUGGGACGUUGGCAGGGCAGAGCUGGUUUUGAUGCUUUAACAGGAUAGGUUUAGCUCUUCAAAGUGUCCUUUUGUGUAAAACUAUGAUCACUUGUCGGGUAUAAACUGAGUUGCUCUUCAGUAAUUUGACAUCGAAUUAGUUAAUAUCACAGUACCUUAAAAAGUGAAUUUUAACUUCAGGACAACUUAAUAUAAAGUGUUAUGUACAGAGUAACUGUACGGGGUGUCAUAUUAAGUUUGGGCUGUAUUCAGUUAAACUUGUAAAAGAGGCCACUGGUUCAUGUCCCACGAUUAAGACUUUCUUGCUCUGUAAGACAGCACUUCGAUAUUCUUCUGUUGUCUAGAGAGAAUCCUAAAUUAAUCGCUCCAGAGGAAGAUUUGUGCUAUUUAGGUAUUUGACAUAGCGUCAGCCAGAAAACUGAAGCUUGUACUUAACUCCUUGAUCAUUUACUGCCAUUAUUUGACAGCCUCUGCCUUUGAAAUCCAACAUUUUACAGGAUUGAGGCACUUUUAUAUUUUUGUUCGCUUUUAUCACUAGCCUGGUAACCCGCCUGUUUCAGGGGUUCAUCCAGGUAAGGUGACUUACCAAGAGGAAGCUGUACUGUAACCUGUGAAGCUGUACUGUAAGCAUACAGUUAUAUCUUUAUAAUGGCAUGAUUGGAAACUUGAACAAGAAACAGUGUUUGAGGCUGCCCUUCAGUCUUUUAUAUGGUAAUGUCAAUGCAUGAUGGUUAAAGGCUAAAGACUUUAUGGCUAGUUCCUACCUGUGCUGUUGAGUUUGCAUCUCUCUCUCUCUCUCUCUCACACACAUGCACACACACACACACACAAACACACACACACACACACACACACACACACACACACACACACACACACACACACACACACACACACAGAGGCAUUCAGUGGCCUUUUUACAACUGCUGCAAGAGGUUUGAGUUAUUUAUUUUUGUCAUAUACUACAGAUAGUUAUUAUUUUAUAUGCUUUGAAAAGCUAUAACCAGCAAACACAGCGGUACAUAGCAACUGCGUUCAGUUAAUCCAAACAAUACAAUCUUUCUUCAAGUGUCCUUAUAACGUCAGUGGGUUGUAUUACUCGUUCUGCUUGUGUUGCUUUCUGUUGCCUUCUCUUUUUAUUCUUGGGUAUCAGGGGACAAGCUAUUCACCACUUAUACUAUAAGUUACAUCCCAUAUUACAAUGGGAAGUGUGUUUGUGAGGGAUGAGUUUGUAUGCCUGUGACCUCUUUUGUGUGCGUGCGUGCGCGCGCGUGUGUGUACAGUAUUGUUUUGCCUACUGUGUAUGUUUGUGAAUUAACUGGGCCUGAAAGAUGAUGACAACGAUGUUUAUCGCUUGUCUCAUUAAAAAAAAAAAUAUUGCCUGUGUGCAGAGCAUGAAAUUUGACAAUCUGUUCAUUGACUCCUGCCCUGUUGGUUAUAUUUCACAUCAUAUCCUGUCCUUUAGUUCACUUUUGUUGGGCCUGUCUCCGUUCCAAACAUGCUUCUAUGUGUAAAACACUGAGUUGUGGAUAGGUGUACAGUAUGUUCUAUAGGAUAUUGGUUACUAAAUGCUUCUGUGUUCUGUCUCUGCCCCUCAGAUGCCCUAUCCUGUGUGAGAGAGAUUUUGUUAUUUCUAUUUGCCAAAUGUGGCAUGUUUUGUGCCUCCUGCUUCACCUUCUCAAUGAUCCUGACAUUGCUAUGGAGCACAUGUAUUGUACUGUUGGCCAUACGCUUUCCUGUCAUGGACCAAGUCCUGCUCCACUACUAAACCACUGUGCAUGUCGGUACAGAAAAGACUGUACUACCCGUCUGCAGACAGAUGGAGUUUG